AGAUGACACUUUAUUUUUAAAUGUAGAUAAAUAUUUAUUUCCAUGUUUUUUUGGGCUAUAUUUCUGUAUUUAAACUAUGGAAAAUCCUCAUCAUGAUGGGAUAUCAAAUUUUAAUAAAGCAGAACCAAAAUCGAUCCUAAAAAACGGUUUUAAACGGUUCGUUAUUAAUGAUGUAGAAGAAAACCCAUAUGAGGAGAGUUUGUUAAGUGACCACAAAAAUAAUGAAGAUCAAGUAAUUACUAGAGAAGAAAUCGAAGAUAAUGCUACAAAUUUAUGCGAUAUCGAGAAACAAUACGUCAGUAAUUUUUCUGCUAACGAUGAAGAAAUCAAUUAUAAAACCGACGAAAAAUAUUCCAGUUCUUUCAUAAACAAUCCAGCUGUUCAAAACGAACUUCUUCACGAAAAUAUGAACGCUAAAUUACUGAUGCACAAAUAUUUUAAAUCCAGAGAAGACAACACUUUUACAUCAGAACCUUUACUAAACAAUGAAGUAGAAGAGAAAGCCCUGAAUUUGAUCAGACACAUAUCGAGCGUGUUGAAAAAAUACCAAUCGGAAUCCGAAGAAAAAUUCAAACACAAGCCUUGCGAAUCGAUCCAUAAGGUCUUGCCGAAACCAUCCAGUAGUAUUAAAUACCUAAAAUCUUUUAGCUGUCACAAAAAUAACAACGAAAGCUUCAGCGAAAUCGGCACAGUGACAUCUCCUGGUUCUUCGGAGCACGUCCAAUUUUUAGAUACCAAAUUGAUGAGCAGCAACAACAAAAUUUUGUACAAAAACACCAGCGAGAAUUUAGAAAACGAUUUUUCCACGUACAAUUUAGGCGGAUUGAGUACCUGCUUAUUACCAAAUCGGUGUAUGGUGUUUGGAAGUAUGCCCAGUUAUUUGUAUUUAAAAAAAUUCUCCAGGUACACUUCCAAGAACACUUUCCCGAACAGUUCGAGCCAUUUUGGUGCAAGAUUAAGCAAGAAAAUCGAAAUCGAAAUCGACGACAAAGAUUAUAAAAAAUGGUUGGAGGAUAACAAUCUUAUCAAAUACGCCAAAUCAAUCAACUCGGAUUCCAAUUCCAUCGCAACUGAUGGAACAACCAGUUUGAUUUCCGCACCGGAAAAUCCGCCAUUCACGCACAGGAGUGCCCCUAAAAUAGAACAAGUUUUCGCAAAUAACGCUUUCGACUUUAAUUUCGACGAUUAUUACGAAUUGUUCCUGUACGAACACCUGGUCGUUUUGAACGCCAUACAUUUUUUCUCCUACUUUUCGCGUAUGGACCGACUGAAGCAACUCACAGCGCACGAAAGAUGCCUGCAAGUUUUCUUCUUCUUCUUUUGCUUCUAUGUAUUAGCUUUUAUUAGCGAAUCGGGCGUCGACAGAAUUGUCGAAAAUUUAGAUAUAGGAAGUCUGUUAAUAAAACAUUAAUGGUAUA